UUUUUUGAUAGAGAAACAGGAAGAUAUGCUUGUUGAAUUUGUUAAAGUUGAUACGUGUGAUAAUCCAACAGAUCAUGAAGACAAAUUAAAAGUUUGUAAUCAUUUUUCUAUUGGAUUGUACAAAAAGAGGGAAGAUAAAAUAAUUAUUUUGAGUUGUUUGGCUCUUUUAUUUGUUGUUGCUAGCUGCUUGGCUGUUUGUGGAUAUUCUGGUUACAAUAAGCCGAUAAUUUAUGGUGAUUUUGAAGCGCAAAGGCACUGGAUGGAAGUAACAGUUAAUUUGCCUAUUUCUAAAUGGUAUUUUUACGAUUUGGACUAUUGGGGGUUAGAUUAUCCUGUUUUGACUGCUUACCAUUCUUGGAUUUUGGGGAAAAUUUCCCAAAAAUUCAAUUCAAGUUGGGUAGAAUUAGACAAAUCUAGAGGAAUCGAACAAAUUGAACUUAAAUUAUUUAUGAGAUUUAGUGUUAUUAUUACUUUAAUGUUAAUUUAUGCGCCAGCUUUAAUUUUGUUGGUUAUUCAAAAUGAGGGGAAGCAAAAUAAAAUUUCAUUCCUUCAUUUAGCCCAAGUUUUACUUUUUCCUGGACUUUUAUUUAUUGAUUGUGCCCAUUUUCAAUACAACCAUUUAUCUCUCGGAUUAUUUUUGUGGGCAAUUCUUGCUUUUGAUAAAGGCCGAUUAUUUUUGGGUUCUAUACUUUUUGUUUUGGCAUUAAAUCAUAAACAAAUGGAGUUAUACCAUGCUUUGCCUGUUGCCGUUUUUUUGUUUUCUAGAAGCUUUAAAAGGGGCCAAAGUAUUUUUGCAGCAAUUGUGGAAAGUAUUUCAAAUCUGUCAAAGCUGGCUUUUGUUGUUUUUGAUACUUUUUUCAUUUUGUGGGUUCCCUUUUUGCUGCCAAGUCCUUCUGUGGCUUUACAAGUUUUGAAAAGAUUAUUUCCCUUUUAUAGAGGACUUUUUGAGGAUAAAGUUGCCAAUUUUUGGUGUUGUGCUUCUAUUUUUAUUAAAUUUAAACAAAUUUAUUCGGUUGAAAAAUUAAUUAAAAUUAGGUAG